AUGGCCUGUGUUGGUCUCAUCUCCCUUAUCCGAACAGUGGAGUUGGAGUUCUUAGAGCCGCGGCCACGCUUGGUUGUUGAUUACAAUGAUGAAAUCCAGUGUCUUCAUCAAAGGCUUUCUGUUUUGCUAACCCUUCUUGAGGAAUCUGAGAAAAAGCUCAAUGUUAGCGAGGCCGAGAGAGAUGUUAUUGCAAGAGUUAAAGAAAUAAGUUUCAGAGCUGAGGAUGAGAUUGAAUCUGAAGUAAUGGAGAUCCUUUCCAAUGGAGCUUCUCAUGAAACACUCCAUCAAAUCUUGCAACGUCUUGCACAAGACACUGAAGGGCUUAUUCAGCAAAGAAGAAACACUACCCAAAUACUGUCGACGUCGUCAUAUAAUCCCCAAUCAAACCAAGAGCACAUCAUACCUGAAGGAGCUUCAAAGCUGGAUGGUGCAAUGGUAGGGCACGCCCAAGAAUUGGAGAGGACCAAGGAGAUGCUCCUUCAACGCUCCACUCAGGAACGACAAGUUAUAUCCAUUGUCGGCAUGGGAGGGAUUGGCAAGACAACUAUGGCUAAAAAAAUUUAUGACAACUCAUUAAUAAGAUCUCGUUUUGAUCUUCUUGGUUGGGCAACCGUGUCUCAACACUAUGAUCUGCGGCGAAUUCUCCACGACCUGUGCCGUUCUGUGAUACAAAUGACUGAUGAAGAAAUUAGUAAGGUGGAAAGUAGUGCUGAGCUUGCAGACAAAGUACGCCGGCGCCUCAUGGGUCAAAGGUAUUUUCUUGUUGUGGAUGACAUAUGGGACAGCGGAGGAUGGGAUGAUCUACAAAGAUGCUUCCCAGAUGAAUCCAAUGGUAGUCGAAUAUUGUUGACUACUAGACUCAAAGAGGUAGCAGAUUACAGUGGAUGUUCAGGUAAGUAUGUUUGCAACUUGCCUUUCCUAAAUUCAAAUGAAAGUUGGAAACUAUUUUCCCAGAAGCUGGGAAGCAUAAUACUGCCUCCUGAAGUCCAAGAAAUUGGUAGGCGAAUAGUUAAUAAAUGUCGAGGAUUACCACUUGCUAUUGCUGUAGCCGCAGGGCUUCUCUCCAAAACCAAAAAGUCUAUAGAAAAUUGGCAGAGUAUUGCGUUAGCAAUGAAUCUUCCAAUGACUUCAGAUCUUCAUGACCAAUGCUCAACCAUACUCACCCUCAGUUACAACAACUUGCCUUACCAUUUAAAAGCUUGUUUCUUAUAUUUUGGGGUCUUUCCUAAAAUUAGAAGUUUGGAAGAAGGUGCCAUGGAUUACUUACAAGAUCUAAUUGACAGAAAUCUAGUGCUUAUUAGCAAGCUAAGUUUCAUUGGCAAUAUUAAGACAUGUAAAAUGCACGAUUUGUUGUUUGACUUGUGCUUAAGAGAAGUAGAAAAAGAUAAGUUUGUGUCUGCUUUUCGUCAAAGGAGUGAGAAUGUUGUUGAAUUGGGUGACACUGAGCCGUUGUUUGAAUAUGCAAACCGUUGGUUAACAUUUCAAUCAGAGACUAUUCAACCCAAAUUCAGAGACAACUAUAAUUUCCACAAAUCUCGUACCCUUUUAUUCUUUUAUGGUGCUUCUGGAAGUUCUGGAUUGCCUGUAUCUUGGAGGCAAAAUAUGAGUUUCAAGAUGAUAAGGGUACUAGACAUAAGGGAUAUUAGUUUCAAGGAGUCUCCAACCUUUGACAUCUCGGAUAUGAUUCUCUUAAGGUACCUAGCUUUGGGUAAAAUUAAGCAUGUAAGGGUGUUGAAACAUCACCACAGCUUACAAACUUUAAUUGUUAAGUUUCCAAAUCCAUGCCGUAUUGAGGAACUUGACAGAGAUGAGGAGAUUGGCAGUAAAUGGUUGCAAGGUCUAUGGAAGUCUCAAAAUUUGAGGUUUAUCGAAUAUCCUUAUCCAUUCCCAAUAGAUACUGAUGAGGUUCCAGUUCAACAUAGUUUGCAUACUCUUUCUUGGGUUCCUUAUCUCCGGUGCACCAAAGAAUUUGUUUUGAAGAUUCCAAAUGUUAAAGUGUUGGGGAUUAGAUGCGGUGAAACAUAUGGAUAUCAAACCGAAACUUGGUGGGAUAACCUUCACUACUUAACUAAGCUUGAGAAACUAAUAGUUGAUGAUUAUGAGUCCGAACCAUUCGAACUUCAAAGUAUUAAUUCCUUUCCCCAAAGCCUUAAGGAGUUGAAAAUUAUGGGAACACAACUCAGUUGGGAAUUUAUUACAGUCGUCAGUAUGUUGCCAAAUCUUGAAUCGCUUAAACUUCGCCAAGCGUUUAACAUGGGAGAGGAGUGGGAAACUCGAGACGGUGGGUUCCCCAAAUUGAAAUUUUUGUUAAUUACUGAACCAAAAUUGAAGAACUGGAAAACGAUGAGUGAUCAUUUUCCUGUCCUUCAACGCUUAGCAUUGCAUCACUGCCAUGACUUGGAAAAGAUCCCAGAAGGUUUUGCAGGCAUUACUACGUUGCAAUUGAUUGAGUUGAGAGAUUGUUGUCCUUCUCUUGUGGAGUCAGCUAAGGACAUUCAAGAAGAGCAAAUGUUAUAUGGAAAUGAUCAACUUGUUGUUCGUUACUAUGAAACUGCAAAAUAUUAGGAGCACAGUUCAGUGAAGAAAUAAAAUAAAAGCAUACAGAGGAAUCAAGGUAAUUGAAGAUGAAGGUUGUGACUUUGAUUUUUUUUUUUAAACACAUCAAUUGUAUUGAAUAAUUCAUGCCAAGUGUUGUAAAAUAUUAUUAAUACUAUGGUCAUUAUUUAUGUCUAAUUUAUUUUCUAGCAGAGAUACAAUUUCUUCAAGUUGUUUGUACGUAUACUGGUCAGUUAUCAAUAAAAUGUGUUCUUGCAUC